UCACCAGCCAGCAGAAUGAGGGCAGGUCUAUCUUUGUUAGUUUUGGGGCCCUGCUUGUUGGUUUCAUGCGCUCUUGAAGUGCAAGCAAGUGAAGGAGGGGAGACCAAACUCUAUGAUUUUCUGCCUGACAGAAAGCAACCUCUUGACCCUGAAACCACAGCUGAUCAGUCCAAUGGCCAAACCAACACCGGCCCUGACAUUUGGGCGGAGGUGAGGAUGCUGAGGGACAUGGUGGUGGAGCAGAAAGUGGAGCUGAGGAACAUGGAGGCCAGGCUGAGGGAGGCAGAGGUGCAGGCAGAUGAGCAGAAGAUGGAUCUGCUCCUCACUAAAACCAGCCUGGAGGAUCUGAAAAGAGAUCACGCCGCCACAGAGGACAGACUGAGAGCCAGCGAGAAACAAGUGGAAGAGCUGAAGAAAGUCAACAUGGAGCUGAGGGCUGAUCUUCAAAGCCAGGCAGCUGAACUUUUGUCCAUAGAAGCCAGCGUGACAGUCUGUGACAGUGAGCUGCAGCUCCUAACACGCAGGAUGGACGACCUGCAGGCUCAGAGCACAGCUCAAGAGGCUGAGCUUACAUCUGUGAUGGACAGGAUGAACACUACUGAGAGCCGAGUGAAUAGUCUCAUCAAAGAGAAUGCUAAGGUGGCAUUCUACGCUGCCUUGACAGACCCAAAGGGUGUAGGGCCUUACAAUACUCAAACUGUCCUAAAGUUCAGCAAGGUCUUCACCAAUAUUGGUAAUGCCUACAGUCCAACCACUGGCUUCUUCACUGCUCCGGUGAAAGGGGUGUACUAUUUUAGAUUUACAGUAUGUGGUCAUACAGAUGAAGGCGGUAUGGGAGUGCAACUAUUUCAUAACGGUAGAUCCAUAGUGUUUAAUUUGCAGGGCAGGCAUAAUUUGCAUUUUGAGUACCUGUCAAAUGCUGUAACUCUAGAGCUGAAUGUCGGUGAUGAGUUGCACUUGGUCCUUCCACAAGGCUUGGCAAUCUUUGAUAAUGCAAACAAUCACAGCACAUUCAGUGGCUUCUUGCUUUUCAGUAUUUGAUGCCAGCCAUUGUGAGCAUUUAUAUUGGUUCGGUGGUGUGUCUGUGUCACUCUGCAGUUACACCUGAUUUAAAACACACCCCAAAACACACAUUAAACAUGGCUUAAUAGCGUAACUUCCAAACACAAGCACACAAAUCAGCUUCACUAUAACUCGCAGCAUUCACAGACAAAGCACUUGUCUUUAUUUGGACACAUUUUCCCCACAAAUACAACAUGCUAAUGUUAUUAGCACAAGCUUAUGGCAUUUUACAUUGUAUAAAUUAGCCUAGCUGCUAGCAGACUUUUUAUCUUUUCAUAUGAAGCCAGGGACAACGGCAACAUUUAACAAAGGUAACGGUACAAAAUUAGGCUUCAUUACAACUCACAAAACACAUUUUGCAAACAAAUAAAACAUGCUAACGUUAUUAGCACAAGCCUAUGGCAUUUUACAUUGUGUAACUUAGCCUAGUGACAUUUCCUCUGCUCAUAUGAAGCCAGGAUAAAUCACACACAAGACUUAAAAUACUAUUUUAGUGGAGGCUUUAUUGUCUUCACAAUUUAUUGUUUCGUAUCUGUGAAAUUAAAAUAAAUAAAAGCUUCCUUUCCAUUUCCUUUCCAAAUCGUUUCAGCUUACAAAAAUAGACAUAGCCCUUUGAGCACCACAAGCUGAGUGCCAUUUAAUUUCAUUAUAUUGGAGAGAAGGCAGACGUCUUAACACACACGGCAGCUCACACAAACAUAAUCUAGAUUGAUAGACAGUAAAAGGAAAUAUAUGUGUUUUUUAAUUUGGGGUGAACUGUUUCUUUAAGUUAUUAAUAGAAAUCUACUGCUAGUACCAAGUGGUAUUAAUGCAAUGUGUGACUGGCUGACUACUGCAGCAGCUUAAACCCAUACAGUUUGUGGUGUGGUGAGCACAGUGUAUUUGUCAGAGUUGGCAGUUUAGUGUGCCGAUGUGGCAUCAAAACCUUUGACAGUAUGGCUGUACAACACACCUGUGGUGUCUUAUAAAUUCAUGAUUAAUCAUAUAUCAUUAUUUUUGAA